AUGCUCAUGUUCGCAGUGGGCAGCACCAGUCUCCUGGUAUAUGUGAUCUACGACUUUGUCACCCGUGUGAACCCGAAAUACACCCGCUUCCCCAAUGAAGUAGCAAUACCGCUUCGAAAGGCCGUAUACUACACCGAGCUAGACCUUAACCCACCGUCAGCGUUGGCUUAUUAUAAACAGGCGCUGCAGGCGGCGCACCAAGUGGGGUUACACCCAUACUCUGACGAGGUCUUGGGGAUACGAUUGCAGGUAGCGUUGAUGUUAGAGCGAGCGAGCCUUACCAAGGGAUCAAUUGAAGUUCUUGAGAAGACUAGGAACGACUGUGAAGGCUGGGUUGAGAAGGGGAGGAGGCGGCAGUUGAUAUUGGACCGAGAGAGACAGAACGAGAAACAGAUUCUACCUGAUCCUUCUAAUCCCGAUGCCAUAGCUGAGCACGAGGCUGCGAUGCAGAAGGAACAAGAAGAAGAGAUAUUGCGUAACCAAGUGAUGAAGAAAGUUGCGGGGAUAAACGUAAAGCUGGCAGAGCUAUACUCUAGCGAACAUCCCCAGGACGGAGAGAAGGUGGAGAAGCUUCUGGUAUCUGCCGUGAACAUCAGUCGAGCAGAACUACAGCGACGAAGAGAUUUAAAGCUUCCCGUUUAUACGGACGAGGCGGAUGCAUAUACCACCCUCGCUGAUGUGGGCAACACAUGCAACGAGUUAGCAGACCACUAUGCAGGCAAGGGCAAAAAUGACCUAGCAACCAUUUUAUAUAUGCAAGCCUUGUCCCUGUUCAAGGAAGACGAAGGAAGCGAACAAAACAAAUGCAUCCAGGUCGUGCUUCUGAAUAAUAUAUCAAGCCAGAUGGCUGAACAUGCGCAGAAGGUGCCUUUGGGAGCACCACUGUCCUCGUCAUCUUCUAUCAACCCUGUCUCUCGUGAACAACUACUAUCUGCAGCCGCAGAAUGGGCAAAGAAAGCGUUAGACGUUGCUUCUCACAUCGAAGCGUCUGCUCGAGAUGAGCAGUGUGACCAAGCCUGUCUAACGGCAUUGUAUAACCUGGGAGAAAUAUCCGAGAUGCAAGAGAAUACCAGCCAGGCUGUGGAGUUUUAUCAGAAAGCCAGGGCUUCAGCUGUUGGAUUGCAGUUCACAGAGGGAAUUGAAAGGGCUGACGAGGCGCUGAAGAGACUACAAAAUCGGAAAUAA